AUGCAUCCCCUGCUGAUCCUUGCCUUUGUGGGAGCUGCUGUGGCUUUCCCCUCGGACGACGAUGACAAGAUCGUCGGGGGCUACACCUGCGCGGAGAAUUCUGUGCCUUACCAGGUGUCCCUGAACGCUGGCUACCACUUCUGCGGCGGCUCCCUCAUCAGUGACCAGUGGGUGGUGUCCGCGGCUCACUGCUACCAACACAGGUUUGAUCCCUGGGUAGGGAAGAUCUCCUGGAGGAAGGCAUGGCAACCCACUCAAGUAUUCUUGCCUGGAGGAUCCCAUGGACAGAGAAGCCUGGCAGGCUAUCUGAUCAAACUCUCCACGCCUGCGGUCAUCAAUGCCCGGGUGUCCACCUUGGCUCUGCCCAGCGCCUGUGCACCUGCAGGCACCGAGUGCCUCAUCUCUGGCUGGGGCAACACCCUGAGCAGCGGCGUCAACUACCCGGAACUGCUGCAAUGCCUGGAGGCCCCGCUGCUGAGUCACGCCGACUGUGAAGCCUCGUACCCUGGACAGAUCACCAACAACAUGGUCUGCGCUGGCUUCCUGGAGGGAGGCAAGGAUUCCUGCCAGGGUGACUCUGGUGGCCCUGUGGCCUGCAAUGGACAGCUCCAGGGCAUUGUGUCCUGGGGCUACGGCUGUGCCCAGAAGGGCAAGCCUGGGGUCUACACCAAGGUCUGCAACUACGUGGACUGGAUUCAGGAGACCAUUGCCGCUAACAGCUAAAGCCCCGCCCCUCAGCCAUCAUUAUGCUAAUAAAGUGACUGUGCUCCACCUGC